AUGGCACCUGACACCACACCGGCAAAGGGCAAAUUCUCCCUCUAUGCCGACCUCCUUGAUCCUUCGGCAUCUUCCAGCUCCAGUACAAUCUCCGGUGCUCCAGUGACGUACAAGAAGCCUGGGGAUGCGUCUUCUUCAGACCAAGAUGAAGCUGCAAAGAAGCAGCAAGCUUUGGCCGCCUCUCUACGAUUUCAACCAACGAAAAGACCACAAAUUGCGGCACAAAAAGCGAAAGCAAAAGCGAUUGCCAGCAAAUUCGCUCAGCCACCGCCACCAAAAUCCACAGUUCCAGUGCCUCCACCCCCUCCAGAAAUUGACCCUCCCGUCCCAGACCAACCAGCAGCUCCACAGACAGCUACCAAGACGACAAUCGCAGACUGGACUACAACAGCCUCUGAUGAUGAAAAUGUCAACGAUCUCCUUGGUGGAGAGAAGCGACCACGUGGUGGCCGGAAGAAGCGUAAGAAGAACCGCGCACCUGAGGAGCUUGUGCAGAACUGGGACGACGUUUAUGAUCCCAGUCGCCCUAAUAGCUAUGAGGACUACAAAAACAGCGAAGAGAAGAUCAGAGAAGUUAAAGAGUGGAAGGAUCGUCUGUAUGCGCAUCGCAUGAGGAGAAGGUCGUCCAGGCAAUUUGCACCUCCACCUAUAAUGUCUUUCGCACCUCCAGCAAAUAUCGCCGAUGACAGAUCAUCCCCACCACCCCCUCCUCCAACUUCUAUACCCAAUGACCCUACUGGAGAAGAUGCUUAUGCACGUCGCUUGCGUCUGAGCCAAGUACAAAAAGUGCUACCCGGUGGCCCUGCAAAUAUGCCUCUGCGAGCACCAUCACCACCUCCUGUGCAGGUCCCAACUGGUCAGAUCUCGCGUGCUCCUGUACGCUAUUCACUACCACCACCCCCAACUGAGAUCCCUGCCACAGAUGCAGAACUUGAUGCUGCGUUGUCAGAGGAGAAACCUGAAGCCACCGAUACAUCGGACGCCCCCCGCUCAUUACGACCUGGUCAAAAAGGCUUUGCAGAGAGACUUAUGUCGAAGUAUGGCUGGUCUCAGGGAUCAGGCCUUGGUGCUCAAGGGACAGGUAUCAUCAACCCGCUAUACGCAAAAGCGGACAAGCGUAAGAAGAAGAGUGAUGCAGAAGGUGGUGGUUUCGUCACGCCAACCGCGACUGGAAAGAUCAUGGGUGGCCAGAAGAGCAAGGCUGGACAGCAGGAAGCUGAAGGGAGGUUUGGUGCGAUGUCGGAAGUAAUUAAGCUCGAAGGCAUGUUAAAGGGCAUGGACUUGGGAGAAGAGCUUGGACGAGAAGAAGGCGGGAUCAUGCAAGAGAUAGGCGAAGAGUGCAGUGACAAAUACGGCAAAGUGGAAAGAGUGUACAUUGCGGAUAACGCCCAUCUUGAAGUAACCGACGCCGGGCCGGCUGUCUUUGUCAACUUCGUCAGCCAGCUCAGCGCGUUAAGGGCUGUCAAUGCUCUGGAGGGACGCAUCUUCAAUGGUAAUGCUAUCACUGCGAAAUUCUGGGCGAAGGAAAAGUUCGACUCGGGUAUCUACGAAUAA